UAAGUGGGGUCAGGUUCCAAGCAUUGUCUUCACAUUGUUUGUACAUGUGUUUAUAUCUGAAAGUGUGUCAGAUUCUGACACACGUUUCUCUGUUUCUCUCCCUUGUUUUAUGUCACUCAUGGAUUAAACCAGCCAAUCUGUUACUCUCUUUUUCUUGUCCAACCUUUUUCUCUGUUUCCUGCAAAAUUUCAGCAACCCAUUUUCAAGCUUUGUUUUUUCUCUCAUCCUCUUCCUUAAAAAGUCACCUUUUUUAAAACUCUUUGUGCUGGAUUGGGUUUCAUUACGUGACUGAAAAACCAACCCAUAGUUUUUCUAUUUUGCAAUUCUUUUCCAUUUCCAUUUUGGGUUUUGGAAAGUAAAUGGUUUGUUAGUUUAUAUUGGAGCGGGAUUUUCUCUGUAAACUGCCAUAGGCAUCUUCAUCAUUUAUUACUUUAGGCCUUUUCUUAUCUGGGUUUGGUAGAUUUUUUUUAAUUCAUUUUUUUCUCCCUUUGUUCUUUCCAAGUUGUACCAACAAAAUUAUUGAAUACAAUUCAGGGGGGUCUAUGAUUAAUGUGUUUUUUUGUUAAUAAAUCUCUGUUGAGUUGUUGUCUAAGUUGUUGUUUUCCUUCUCUUUAUUUGUUAAACUAAUAUUAAAGAGCCAAAAAAAGCUGCAGACACCAAUUUGUGUCUUGUACAGUUAUUUCUCUCUUUAAACCUUAAGCCUUUUUAUGGUAACAAAUUUAUUAUCUUUGAUUCUUGAUUCCUUGUUUCAAGCUGUUUUAUUAAUCUGGGUAUUGACCAAAAUUCUUUAUUUUUCAAUUUCUUUGAUUCAAGGUUUCUGUUAUUCUCUCAUACAGAAUCUUUUAUUUUCUUUGUCUGGGGUUUUUGUUCUAAGAGUAAUGUAAAUUGGAAGCACCCAAAAUGGCAAAUCUUGUUCCAGGAGUCCUUCUGAAGCUUUUACAGCAUAUGAACACAGAUGUGAAGAUUGCUGGUGAGCACAGGUCAUCUCUAUUGCAAGUAGUGAGUAUAGUUCCUGCACUGGCAGGAGGUGAGCUAUUCCCUAACCAAGGCUUUUACCUUAAGGUUUCAGAUUCAUCUCAUGCUACAUAUGUAUCUUUGCCUGAUGAACAUGAUGAUUUAAUUCUUAGUGAUAAGAUCCAAUUAGGUCAGUUUAUUCAUGUUGACCGGUUAGAAUCUGCUUCACCGGUACCCAUUCUCCGUGGGGUUAGGCCGGUCCCUGGGCGACACCCUUGUGUAGGGAGCCCUGAGGAUAUUGUUGCAACUCAUUCUCUUGGGUUCCUUAAUAAUGGUAGUCAAAGUGCCUUGGGUUCAAAACCUGGAGAGAAAGUUAAGUCACCAUCAAAAGCAGUUUUAGGCAGUGGUCACAGUGGAGAGAAAGAGAAGUCUGUUGGGAGUAGAUCAAAUGGUGGUGUGAAAGAGGAUCAAUUGGAUAAGAAAAUGUCUUCUUUGACUAGAUCAAAGUCUCAAUUGACUAAACCAGCGUUGGGUUUGGAUGUGAAGAAGGAACCUUUGGGGAGAUUGAAGGCACUAAGUUCACGGUCUAUUCCUUCUUCCCCCACUAGUUGUUACUCAUUGCCAACUUCUUUUGAGAAGUUUGCCACUGGGAUUAAGCAUCAGGCUGAAAUAAAGGGGUUGAGGAAGGGAAGUCCCAAGGUGGGAUCUGUGGAGAAAGUAAGUUCCUUCCAUGGGUUGAGUUCAACUGGAAAAAAAGUACCUGUGAUCAAAACUUUGGUUCAAGGGAUUGAAUUAGGAGCCAAGGCUUUGAGAAAGAGCUGGGAAGGGAAUAUGGAAGUGAAGGGUAGGGACCAUUCUAAACUGAGGGCUACCAAGCGAGAAUCUGGGAGCACGACUGCUCCUAGAAAGAGCACAUCAAGCGAAAAGUUAUCAUCCAAGGAGGAGGCUAAGCUCCAUACAUAUACCAGGUCAUUAAAAGAGGAGAGUAAAUCUCAGGUGUCAACUAAGAAAGUCAUGGCAAAUGGAAUGUUGGAUGACCAAGAGAAACCAAAUAAGCCAAGAACUUAUGUUGGGAAGAAAUCUGGAGAAUUAACUAAUAAUGGUGCCCUGGGGAACUUGGUUAAGGUUCCGAUAAAUAAUAAAAGAUUGACAGAUGGAAGUGUUUCAUGGGGUUCACUCCCCUCAUCUCUUUCAAGGCUUGGAAAGGAGGUCAUGAAACACAGGGAUGCAGCACAAACAGCAGCAAUACAAGCUUUACAAGAGGCUGCUGCUUCAGAGAGCUUACUUAGAUGUUUAAGCUUAUAUUCUGAUCUUACUACCUCUGCCAAGGAGGACAACCCUCAGCCUGCAGUGGACCAGUUCUUGACCCUCCAUGCGAGCUUGAAUAAUGCUCACAUGAUUGCGGAUUCUUUAUCAAAAACUAUUCAAAUCGGUUCAUCUCCAGAAUCUGAAGGAAACCUGUCAGAAGAGGCAGGAAAGGUCACAUCGGAUAGACAGAAAUAUGCAGUCUCAUGGGUGCAAGCCGCAUUGGCUACCAAUCUAUCAUCCAUCUCUGUGUAUACCAAAGAACCUUAUCCAAUGCUGAGUCAUUCUUCAGCUUCUGCACAAAGCCAGAAGACUAUCCCUGCCAAUCAAAGCAUGUUAAUUCUAGAAAAUUCUGCCAAGAAUUCUUCUGCAAAAGCGAAAAGCCGUCCGGUAGUUGGCUCUAAGCUUGUAGCUCAGGGUGUUCUUCGUAAAAUGGGGGAUGGUUCAGGCCUUGGUCCGAAGGCACUGGUCCAACCACCAACAGAAUGGACAAGGGGAAAUGGCCUUGAUGAGGCUGUUGACUUGGCUGAAAUGCUGCGAAUGGAAUCUCAGGAUUGGUUCUUAGGAUUUGUGGAGAAAUUCUUGGAUGCGGACGUGGACACAUCUGCUUUAUCAGACAAUGGUCAAAUAGCCGGCAUGUUGACACAGCUCAAGAGUGUGAACAACUGGUUAGACGAAAUAAGCACGAGCAAAGAUGAAGGAGAGACGCCCCAUGUUUCAUCGGAGACAAUUGAUCGGCUAAGGAAGAAAAUAUACGAGUAUCUUCUUACACAUGUUCAAUCUGCUGCUGCAGCUCUAGGUGGUGGUGGAUCACAGUCAUCACCACCCAUUCGAACAGUGGAAACAAAGUCGAAAAAGUGACUCAGGUAGUCUCCAUGAAAUGCAUACAAGCAGUGUUGAUGCACAGCAGGUAGCCCUUCAUCCUACAAAGGUAGGAGGAGCUUACUAGUUUAUCAUUAUUAUGUAUAUAAAUCCUACAUGGGUUUUGAGGUAUAGAUGCCUGAAUCAUAUCAAAGAAAAGCGUUUGAUGCAAAGUGCAGGUGUUUUCUUUUCUUUUUCCUUGGUAUUUGUUGCCUGAAAUCAUUAUUAUACAAAUGAAAAUAGUCUGAAGAGUUGAGAUGUUGGCUUUUUCCUCUGUCCAAAUUGAAUAUAUAUGCAUCUUUAAAAAAAAUUUCAUUUAAGAAUAGAAAAAGUUAUUCCAGAAAACUCUGUUCUAAAUUUAUUCGAAGU